AUGGAAAAGAGUGAUAUGAGUAAGAAGAUCGACGAUUGCGACGAUAGGGAAGGACUGAGUUGUGGGAUCGGUAGUUGGCGACCGGAAUGGCUGCAGAAGUAUGCGACUCCCCGGGUGUUUCUCAUCAACUUCUCAUUGGUGGCCAUAUUUCAAGGCGCGAGCUUCACGUAUCUGAUUGGGUCGAUGACCACUCUCGAGAAGAAGUACAGCUUUGAGAGCAAAAUAUCGGGACUUAUACUCAUCGCCGACAACAUCAGCCAAAUGAUUAUCAACCCAUUCAUUGGCUAUUUGGCCACAAAGUACAACCGACCGAUGCUUAUGGCGAUCGGGGAGAUGAUCGUCGCGUUGGCCUGUUUUAUGUCCGCCGCGCCAUUUUUCAUAUACGGGGCCAAUUAUAAUCUCAACAGCGAUCGCAUUGAUAGAAAUGUCAGCUCAACUUCCCUUACGGAUAGUACAUAUGAUUUAUGCGAUAAAACCCGUAAUAUAUCAGCCAUUUGUGCCGCAAAUGAAAGAUCAGUUACUAAAUGGCCGGCGGUUAUCAUACUAUUUGCGGCCAGUUUUGUAAACGGAUUGGGAUAUACCGCUUUCUAUACGAUUGGUUUGCCAUAUAUUGACGACAACACCAGUAAGAAGAGCUCUCCUCUAUAUCUGAGUUUUACGGCUUCAUUAAGACUGUUGGGCCCAUCGUUGGAUAGCCCUGAUAUAUCCCCUACUGACCCUCAAUGGGUGGGUGCCUGGUGGAUAGGGUUCGUG